AUGAAUCUCGACGAGAAAUCUUUCCAAGAGGUGGAGCAUCGCUACAAGCCCAGUGCAUUCGCAGCCAAGCCAUGCAAUCUCCUCGUGGGAGAUGCCACAUAUCCGCCCCAAUCCUCCACGAUGCUGCGGUUUCCACUGGAUAGAAACGCAAGGUCUGACGAUGGUGACAAAGACCUGGUGUCGGGGAUGGCUUUGGAGACCGCCGAGGAAAUGCGGCGGAUCAUGGACAAGACGCACAACAUCCGGAACCUCUCGGUGAUUGCGCAUGUCGAUCACGGGAAAUCCACACUCACGGAUUCGCUGGUCGCGGCCGCUGGAUUCAUCUCGCUCGACAACGCCGGCAAUGUCCGCAUGACCGAUACGCGCAAGGACGAGGCGGAUCGCGGGAUCACGAUCAAGUCCACGGGGAUUUCCCUCUUGUACACGAUGCCGGACGCGGCCCUGAAAGAUUUCCGGGGGAGCCGCGACGGGAACGAGUACCUGAUCAACCUUGUCGACUCUCCCGGGCACGUAGAUUUCUCCUCCGAGGUCACCGCGGCGCUGAGGAUCACCGAUGGCGCUCUGGUGGUGGUCGACUGCGUGGAAGGGGUUUGCGUCCAGACCGAGACUGUUCUACGGCAGGCGCUGGGAGAGAGGAUCAAGCCCGUCCUGGUCGUCAACAAGAUGGAUCGCUGCUUCCUGGAGCUCCAGCUCGACGGAGAGGAGGCUUACCAGACUUUCCAGCGCGUGAUCGAGAACGCCAACGUGAUCUUGUCGACUUACGAGGACAAGCUUCUCGGCGAUGUCCAGGUCUACCCGGAGAGAGGCACGGUGGGCUUUGGGGCUGGUUUGCACGGCUGGGGCUUCACUCUCACGACCUUCGCGAAGAUGUAUGCGUCGAAGUUUAAGGUGGACGAGAAGAAGAUGGUCGAGAAGCUGUGGGGCGAGAACUAUUUUGAUCCUGCGACAAGGAAGUGGACGACCAGGAACACUGGCUCUCCCACUUGUACGCGUGGGUUCGUGCAGUUCAUCUACAAUCCUAUCAAGCAGAUCAUCGACAUCGCGGUGAACGACCAGAUGGACAAGCUCUUGCCAAUGCUUCAGAAGCUUAACGUUACCUUGAAGGGCGAAGACAAGCAAAAAUCCGGGAAAGCUCUAAUGAAGCGUGUCAUGCAACUGUGGCUGCCCGCGAGCGAUGCGCUGCUGGAAAUGAUCAUCUACCACCUCCCGUCACCAGUGGUGGCCCAGAAGUAUCGCGUGGAAAAUCUCUACGAGGGGCCUUUGGACGACAAGUACGCUGCUGCCAUCAGGAACUGUGAUCCUAAGGGUCCUCUUAUGGUCUACGUUUCCAAGAUGAUCCCGGCUAACGACAACGGCCGGUUCUACGCUUUUGGAAGAGUCUUCUCGGGCACUGUGGCUACGGGGAUGAAAGUGCGUAUCAUGGGACCGGCGUAUGUUCCCGGGGGGAAGACUGACUUGUACGUGAGGAGCGUCCAGAGGACACACAUCUGGAUGGGAAAGAAGCAAGAAACGGUGGAUGACGUCCCCUGCGGCAACAACGCUGCCAUGGUCGGGCUGGACCAGUUCAUCGUCAAGAAUGCCACCCUGACCAACGAGAGUGAGGUGGACGCUCAUCCGAUCCGGGCCAUGAAGUUCUCGGUCUCUCCAGUCGUCCGG